UUGAUUACAGAUUUCCCUCCUGUUCCUGCUCCCAUUUCGGAAACAAGGACUCCAUCACCAUGAAGGUCUUUAUCUUUGCCUGCCUGGUAGCUGUUGCCAUGGCAGUUCCCAAACAACAGAGCAGCAGCUCAUCCAGUGAGGAAACUGACAAACAGUUGGUUAUGGAGAACCUCCUGAAACACAGAGCUCUUGUGGAAAAUAUCAACUAUGAAAAACAGUGGGAACAGCUUCUGAGACAGCCAAUGGUUUACGAGCCCUUUGAGAGACGCCCCUUGAAAUACAUUUUUUUUUCUGAAGAACCGCCUAAGGUCUAUCAACCUAUCCAGAAUGAAGACAGCAGCUCCUCCAGUGAGGAACCUGUCGAAGUUCCCGCUGAACAGAACCAUGUUCUGAGACUGAAGAAACUCCAGGUGCUCCAGAACCUCCAACCCCUUAGACACCUUCCUAACUACCAAGUUCCACUUCAACGACACCCCCUCCCUUUUGUCAGACUCCCAAAUGUCUUCCAGGCCCCUCAUCCAGUGGAAUUACCCUUCCCUCUUCCUCAGGUUGUGUAAUGAAUUAAACUCCCACUUUUAGCCUUUGAUUCAAUUGAUAGCUCCAUUCGGUUUAUGCGAUCUCUCAUCUGUCUAUCUGCGUUCAAGAUGUAGCAGCAUGUUACCUGCAAACGUCUCCAAAAGACUUUAGGUGGUAACAUGGAUGGGAAAGAAAGCCAUGCUUCUUUGCGCUUUUUACUAUGUAUUAUUCAACAUCCUUUCUUUUCAUUCAUACUUGAUGUACUGUCGUGAAAUGUCAGUCCCAACCCAGUAGGAAUUUCAUGUGAAAACGCUGAGACUAUUUGAGCUGUUUACACUACCAUUUCUCACAGUUGUAUACAGUAAGCAUGCUUCUCUUUCCAAUAAACGAUCUCUUCAGGCA